CUGCUGCCGCCGCCAAAGUCGGGCCUGAGCGGCAUGCUGCCGCCUCCCAAGGCGUCUGCGGCAGCACCGACGAAGGCGCCCGCACCGCCGAAGAAGCGUCAGAUCACCAUCGGCUCGCUCGCCUCUCUCGGCGCCGAUGACUCGGCCGCUGCAGCGCCAGUCAAGCGUCCGAAGCUGUCCGCAGACGACGGCGCGCAGAAGCCCAAGCACGGCCUGUUUGGCAUGCUGCCGACGCCGAGCGCGCCGAAACCUGCAACACCUGCUGAACCAGCGGCCGAAUCUUCAACAGCGCCCGUCUUGCCGCCGCCCGGCCCGAGCGCAGCUGCGGAUCCGCCGAAGCAAGCCAAAGGCAACGACGCCUUCCGCGCGAUGCUGGGCCUGGCGCCGAGCAAGGCGCCCGCAAAGCCGGCGCCGCUACGGCCGAAUGCGAGCGCUCCAGUGGCUAGCAGCAGCAGCAAGCCCUCUGCCAGCGUGCCCGCGGAGAGCAGCGCGAAGAAGGAGACAGAGAGCGAGUGGGCCGGGUUCUUUGGCCUGGGUGCGGUCCAUUGCGGUCCGGGCGGCACCUGAGCUCGAGGAGCCCGAGUCCUUUCCCGGCUGGUCGCAAGAUCCAGACGGCACAUGGGUGCCCGUCACGCCGGCAGCGCACGAGCAGUACGCAGCGUGGAUGGCGUCGCAGAAGGACGAGACGGCGACCAGCGGCGGCAAGAAGCCACGCGACGAGCAAGCCGCCGAGAUGGCGCGUGCCGGCGUAGCGGCCGACUCGCUGCGCAGCGUCGAUGCCGGCGCCGACGCGCUCGCCGCAUACGAGGCACAGGCACCGGCCCGCAGCGAUGCGCGCUACGCCGCUGCCGCCGCCGCCGUCGGCUCGAGCGCCUCGGUCGAGGAUGCCGGCGGCGAGGCGCAGGCCAAGAAGAGCAACUACCGCGCCAUGCGCAAGGGCCAGCUCAGCGCCCUCGUCGCCCAGGCAGAGCAAAACCGCGACCGCCUCGAGGGGAAGUGGGCCGCCGGGAAGGCCAAGCAGCGCGAGGGCGGCUCGAAGUACGGGUUUUAGGAAUCGACAUUCAUGCAAGAGACAUGUUGAGGAGAGAGGCGGGACAGUCGUGGUGCAGUCUCGGACAGCCAGCAGGCGGCGAUGCAUGGCAUUGUUCGCGGCACGCCAGCGUCUCUACCCUCUGUUCUGCCCGCCUAGCCCUCGAUGUCGAGUCUUCGUCGCUUGCCGCGUGUCCUUGCGU